AGACAAAGUUUGCCGGGCCAGCUAGUGUGUUAUAAAAUGAUAGCGAUAAAGCGCAUGCAAACAAACAGCAUUGCUGUAUGGCUAGCUAGGUAACUAGUCUAUCAACAUUCCAGUGCUCGUUCAAAUGAAUGUGCGAAGCACGUAGGAAGCCUAUCCCCCUGUCUUGCACCGAAAUUCACUUUCCAUGUGGCACACGCACAGCUGAGCUGAGUCUUCGCCUCUCUUGCCCCAUGCACCUACUCGAUCGCGCUACGGAGGAUCCGUUCGGUAAUUUGCGGUGAUCAUAAGAGCAUACCUAGAGUGCGCGCGUGUUUUCAACUACCGCUCGAUUGCGAAUUGUUUUGUUUACAUUUUUUAUCCAGCUGUUUUACUAUGCGCACGAACUGUGUGGAGAGUUAUGAUGGAUAAUGACGCUACGGGUCAAUCAGCAGAACAUCUCUCUGUCUCAAUCAUAAAAGGGGGGAAUCGGUUGGAUACGUGGAUUUUAGAUGACGCGUGCAACCACGAUCUCCGCUAUACACACUCAUCGUACCUAUAUUAGUAAACACCUCUGUCGAAGGGAUUACGCAAGCGCCUCAAUGAGAGCUCUCCCGAGCCAUCGAAGUGUGCCAUGAAUGGUAUUGUGUAUUAUUAUUGUUAGCAUUUUAUUGCGGUAGUUUACCUUUUAAGUACCGCACUCGGCUACUGAGUCUGACUUAUACUUGCAGACAGCUUUCUUGGCUUAUGGAUUUCCGAAAAGGAUCAAACUGAUGAUUCCGUAACUUGGCCAGUGUUCAGAGCUCAGUAAAACCAACAAAUUCCGACUUUUGGUUUGACAAAUUACGAAGUUAUCAGCUGUUUAACCCUCGUUAUUCUGUUCGUUGAUGUCGCUGAGUACCACCAAGUGUGUUCAAGGGAGUGGUUGAAGAUCUUUCGUCAUCACUCUGUCGGAGCGGAGGUCGUCCCACGCAGAAUACCCCAAGCGAUGAUGACAACCAUCAUGCAUCGGUGGGACACGCUAAUUGAUGACACAAGGUUUGAUCGAUUCACGCGCGCGCUCCGUAUGAAUAAUACGACUACACGAUAGGUACGGCCAUUUUUGGAGCUCGGUGGAUUACUCACCAUCCUAACCGGUGGUAACCCACGCCUCGGUAGGGUGUGAGGAGAAAUGCUACGACGACAAAAAAAAGACCUUCGACGGAAACCGAUAUAAAAUGUUAUCUUAUCUCGCUGCCUUUGCCAGUAAUUUGGUCAGUUUAGAAAAAAAGUAGUGCCUAGUCAGCAGCACCAGCUAAAAUCCCCACAGCGACCUUUAUCUGAGUUACUCACGAAACGUAGCCUUUGAACGUGUAUUAGCAACACAUAUUGGCUGGAUCGCCCAAGCAGUAUACCCUGAAGCUUUGGAAAGGUUUGACCAAAACCACUUUCACUUUGGCCCUCUGCGUAUGGGAGCAGUGAAGGACCGGUCUGUCGCCGACCGUCGGCUACCUUGAUGGUCAUCUUUAUCUCUUCGAUAGUUCAAUGAACUGAUAAAGUUGGCUGUUUUUUAUCAUAUUAAGGAUGCUAGCUGAUUUUUCCGUAUGUUCACGUAAAAAUUAUCAUUUCUACAGGGUACCCGGGUAGAGAUGCAGUACUAGCGAUCAAAACGUGAUAUUGGUUUGAUUGAUAUAAGAUAUAAAAGUACUGAAAAUAGACAGGCUUGGUGGUUUAGUGGAUACCGCUUCUGAUUCGUAUGCAGAAGAUUGCUGAGUUAAAUCCCUGACCCGUCCCUUUCUUUCCUGCUUUGUAUCUUUCUAUAUACUUUCUUCCUCCUCUCUACAUAUACAACUCAGGUAUAUUCACAUGUUCAUAUCCAUCGCUAGAGCAAAAACGGGUUGAAAAAGCCGUUUCCUUCCAUCCAAACUUUCACAGCAGAGACACAGUGUCAAUCUAUUAUAUAACGCCCAAGAGUUAUGCAAUCACGCGAACUGUUCCGCACAGGUUCAGAAUAAUAAAACACACAAUUCUAUAGCCUUACGCCUAGCAUCCACGCACCAAUGUGUGAACCCUCUGCCAACCAUAUUCCACCAGCAGUCCGACAUCCGCAUGAAUUUGUGCUGACGCAGAGGUAUAUUCGGUCUGAUGUAGAUUGAUGUGAUUGCAAUCAUCCCUUCCUUCUCCUUUCACCUAUUAACCUGCAACCUGACGUGGCAAGCAGGCGCCAUUGUCGCCUAAAAAUAAAAGAUCACAAACGCUCACACACUGAAGAUGACUGCUAGUCCCCAGCAGAUAUCUCAUUGGUUCCUAUAGUGUGAGUGUAUCGGGUCUGGCGAUACUGAAGUAGCAUCCACGGGCGAUCGAUCAAGCUCAAGCUCAUCUAUAUAUAUAAAAAUGUAGUGGCAUACGUGGGACCGCGCAUAACUUGCUAACGGAAGGUCCGAUUUUGGUCGUCUUAGUUUUGUUCUGUUAGUUUUCACACAAGGAAGGUUUAUGAGGCAUAAAACAUGGAAAAACUGAUAGUUUUUUAAAAUCGAUCUUCCAUACGCUUUGUGACCGGGGACUUGGUCUUGGCUAGAAACUUGAAACGUCGAAAAACGCAGUAGGCAAGACAAAGUUUGCCGGGUACAGCUAGUAAAAGAUAAAAGUACUGAAUAUAAUAUCUAAGAAAUGUCCAUAAAACAUCUGAACAAUAUCUUAAAAGAUCGAAAAAUAAUAUUAUGAUGAUAUUCCGGAAGUAAAAUCUAGAUUUAAUCUUCAUAUCAAAAUAUGCUAUUACUGAGAUUUCCUUACCCGGGUGUUUCCACGUAUAUCAACCCCUUGGUUUGGUUUGGAAACUUCUUUGGACAUUCGUUCAGGAGUUAUUUGGCAUUUUUUUAAUUCAUCGCCAAACCCUUCGGAUUUUUUGCGAACCUUUGCGAUUUUAGCUGAAUUUUAAGCAUUAUACAAUUAUGUCAGCAAUUCUUCUAUGAAUCUUGUCUAGAAUUCCCAUGAGAAUUCUUUAGACAAUUUCUUAAAGAUUUCUUGAGUAGAUAUGGGGAUUAAAAGCAAAGAGGUGUAAGUGACAAAAACGCACUUUCGAAAAAACGAGGAUCAAAGUUUUACCGAAAAUGUUCCAAAAUCAAACCAAUUUUCUCUGUUUUAUCGUAAAUUUUCUAAAUAUUGUAAAAAUAGUCUUCAAAAAGUUCCCAAAAGCAUAAAAUCUGAAUAGUUUUUAAAUAGGGUGACAAUGGGUAUUAUCGGCAGGUUUGUUCUCUUCGUCAUGGGGGGUUUUUGUCAGCCAAAUUGCCUGAAACUUGGCCAUAUAAUUCAGCUUAGUUGGGAAGGAUUUGAGGCCAACUCUGAGUUCAAUAGGUUUCAAAAAACCCCCUAAGACGAAGAGAACAAAACGGCCGAGAAUAGGUAAUUUCCCCUAUAUUCAGCUUCAAACCGACAAAAAGAUCAUUUACGCCACUUUGCAUCUGGGCCCCUCAAUUUUUUUAGAAAUUCCUGCAGCAGAACCUUCGACAAUUCCGAUGUAUUACCUACUUCGCAAAUACUUAUCUUUAAGAAUUUUAUCAGCAAUUGCUUUGGAAUGUUUUAAGUUCACUAAUCUUUUGAAGACCUCCCUCUACGAUUGUUAGGAGGAAUUUCUUCGAUAAUUCUUUUUGAAAUUUCUUUGGCAAAUUUCUUAAAGGCUUUUGUUGGAAUUUCUUCGAAAAAAUCUUCGACAAUUCUCUCAGAAUUAUUACAGGCAUUCCUUCAGAAUUUGCUUGGAAAUUGGGCAAUUCCUUUUGUCAGGAAGUUUUUCGGAUAUUUUUUGCAGAAUCAUUUCGAGAAUUCAUUUGCAAAUUGAUUUGGAUAUUCCAUUUUCAAAUUUAUUUGGCUAAGCUUUUCCUUUGCUAAUUCUUUGGGCAACCCAAUUGUUUUUUUAUUCAAGUGUUUUCCCAAUUUCCAAAGAAAUAGCUAAAAAAUUACAAAAAAAACUGAAAGAACUCACAAUGAAUAAAUCGAAGGAAUUAAAAAGAGUUCAAAAAAAAUAAUUGUUUUAUGAAUUUCCAAAUUAAUGGCUUAGCCGAUGAAACAGCUAGAGGAAUUCUCAAACAAAUUGCCAAAUAAAUUUGAAAAAAAUCCGAAAAUAUUACAAACAAAUUGCCUAAGCAAUAUUCGGAAGCAAUAUGCAAAUAAAAAAAAAAUGAAAUCAUAAAGAAUUACAAAAUGAAUCACAAUAAAAUUGCCAAAAGGAAUAGCAAUAGAACUGCUGAGGCAAUUUUAGUGGAAUUGGCGUUGAAAUAUCGGAACAAAUUUUAAAAAAAAUGCUGAUCAAAUGCAAAUGUAACUACAGCAGAAAUUCUAAAAAAGAACAAACAUGUCACAGAAAUUCCCAAAGAAAAUGACGAAGUUUCAAAGACAUUUCCGAAAACAUUUCUUAGUAUAUAUCUCAGGACAUUCUCAAAGGAAUUAGCGAAUAAAUGGGAUUUUGCUGUCUCAGGAAAAUCUAGGAUAAAAUUGGUACUACAAGUCUGUGACUGUUCUCACCAAUCCAAAAUGCCAAAAUUUAAGAAUUUAAGUGAAAAUCAAAUAGAUUCAGAGGAUUUUACACAUUAUGAUGAUGUUAGUAUGACCGUAAAAGACUCCACUGUCCGUUAAAAAUACUCACAUGGUCAUACUUGGCUGAAAAUUUGAUGAAAAUAACUGAUUUUUGAAGCAUUAAUAACUAAUAAAUAUUGUAUGAAGUGACAAGAAAAUAUCUAGGGGGUGCCAAAUACAUUCUAACAAGUGCCUGGAAAACCAACCCCCCCCCUUCCUAGCUAUGCCAAUGGUGAGUCCAACAGUGGUCCAAUAUUUGAUAAAAUUUGACCCGACUUCGAUCUGAAAUCCGAUAGAUUUUUCAGUCUGGUAGUUUUUUUUUUAAACUUUUACAACGCUGUCAAGAUGAUUCAGGAAGAUCCAAGGGAAUUUUAGGGAAAUUUCAGAGAAUGUUCAGAAACCCAAGCUAUUUCAGGGUUUUAGGUAAUAUCAGAGAUAAAUCACCUGGAACGCCCCUGAAAUCACAUAAAACUUCCGGAAACACCUCUGGAACGCCCUUGAAACCUCUAAGAAUACCCUUGGAACGCCUCUGGAACAUCAUGACACGCCCUUGAACCCACUGAAACAGCCCUGCUAUCCCCUGAAGGUUCUCCCAAAAAAACGUCUGAAACACAACUGAAAACUCCUGGAAUACCCAUGCGAACCUCUUAGCCCCCUGGAACGCCACUGAAACCCCUCGAAAACCUCUGUAUCACUCCUGAAACCCACUGUAACACCCACAAAUGACCCUGGGACCCCCUUAACCCUCUUAAUCUAUCUAAAACACUCCUGGAAAUCCCUUGAAUUCACUUGCAUACCCUUGGAACGUUCUUGAGGCCCCUAGAACAUCCCUGGCAUGCCCAUAAAACCCCUUGAAGUGGACAACUAGAUAAAGUGAAAAAAAAUAUCUGGCAGUCAUGUUACCGCUUCAGGUUAUGUCAAUGUACAACAAUUUGAUCAUGGGAAGCUAUGUUUGAGAGUGUUAUCUCAAUGUUAUCCGUUUAUAAAAGAAAUAUGAAUAGUUUCAGACAUAGGCGCCAACUUAGGGGGGGGGGGAGGUCAAGCAUAGUUUUGCCCCCCCCCCCCAAUAUCUGACGAUUUUUAUAUUUUCUCAUACAAAAAAUCAGAAAAACCAGGCUUUGCCCCCCAAUAAUUUCACCAAGUUGGCGUGUCUGGUUUCAGAAAGGUUACACCACAACGUGACAUUAAUUAGUGGAACCAGAAAAGGCCGCUUUUUCGCAGUGGCAGUUUCCUAACCUAGCCAAAUCUGACUUCUCUACAAGUAAAACAUUUCGAAAUUUUACAAACUACUGCGCUUGUAAUGGAUGUACCGUAAUCCGGGGUCAAAUUGAUCACUUUAAAACAACUUUUGCUGAUAACAUUAGUGGCAACUCAAAUAUUGCCAAAAUAAUUUCUGUAAAAUCAGUACCCAGUGGAUCUCCAUGAAACCAUGUGACAGAAUUUUGUUCAACAAAUUUAAACUUUGAGUUAAAUUACUUCAUAAAUCAAAAAAUUGAAGAUGCCACUUUGGGGAGAAAUUGAUCAGUAUACAAUUAAGCAUCGGUUAAAAAGAAAAAAAUCCUUAUCCACUUAAUUUUACUUUUCUUAGCCCGAAUAACGCGUCAAAACUCUUACAACUAGUGAAUUUGACACUGUUUGUGUUAACACUCUGUCUGAUUUAUGCUUUAGUUGUCAUUCGUAUCUGUACAGCUAUUAUUAUAACAGUUGGCAAUAUCAUGGCUACCAAGGGCUACCAAACUACUCGACAGUGAGAUGACCGCAGAAUGAGUGAGAAAGAUAGGGAGGUACUGAACGGCAGCAUUAAUUGGCGCGUGGAGUAACUAAAUCAUAUAGGUGCUCCGGGUUUAAACUUCUAGAGAUCUCCUAGAAUCAUCAUUCUCUGUACGGCCACCAACUAGCUAAGAUCAACCGCCAUCUAGUCAAGUUUUAAAGUGUAGUAAUUAGUUCAAUAAAUGUAUAGUCUGUAGUGUUAAUAAAUGUUCAAUGUAGAGUGUUAAUAAAUGUAGUACUACCGGAAGGACAGGAAAACCUAGACGAUCACAGGAAUCUCUGGUGGAACACUUGGUUAAGGUCACAACAUUGGUGCCGUGACCAGGAUCAGUGUUCCAAGGAACGCCGUCGGUUGGACCUUCUUUGAGUCAACGGACAAAGGACUUACGCCAUUACGCCAUCAUUGCAACUUGGUGCAUUGAUUUGAGGUACAAAGGACUUACGCCAUUGCAACACUUGGCGGUUUCAAGUAGGCUUGAGGGCGCCAUUGGGACUCUUUGGAGUAGCCGGUAGAGAAUCAGCAUUCAAGGCCUGUUGAACAGGCUCACAAGGUGAGUACCUGUCCAACAAAUAUCAAAAAGCUUUCAUCUCUACCUGGCCUUUUUUGUGCCCCUCUCGGUACUACUUCGGGCGUGGACUUGGUGGCUGAGAACAAACCAACGGGAUCUGGAACCAAUCCGGAUCGGAAUCCAGGACAAUCGGAUCGGAAUCUUAUCGUUGACGACUCAACGAUUCUUGGUGUCAUCUUGGACGAUUUGGUGGUGCGACACGGACUUCUACCGUGCAUUUGGACCAAUCGGCCUUGGAACAACUUGGGAUGAAUCCUAAUCGUCAACCGGAAAUCAACGUUUCUAUGAAAGCUGCGGUGUGCACAAAAAAUACAAGGCCUAUUAAGACAGGCUCACAAGGUGAGUACCUGUCCUAUUUCAUUACUGGUGUGUCGAAGGGUGCUCCGCUUGUGCCAUAUUUGCAGAAUCGGCUCUGGUCAACGUGCUCGUGGCAAUUUUGGCGCUUCAACGGCAGAUUACACUUUUGUACUGGUGAUUGGCAUUUCGGAUUUGUUCGAAGGAGUUGUAGCAGGUUCCAGAGAGAUAAUUUGUACAAGGCCUAAUUGACAGGCUCAUCAGGUGAGUACCUGUCCAAAUCCAUAAAUCUCUCUUGGAAAGGUUCCACGCUUUGCCCCGUACAUUCGCAGGCCAAUUCCUGAUACUUCGACGCUCUGCCAUCAUCUAAAACGCUGUUCGCCAUGGGGAAGAAGCUGAAAGCCAAAAUUCACGUCAGGGACAACAUUGUGGAUUUCCUGAAACGUACUGCAAAGUUCUUGGCCGGCAGUCAAGCAGCGGACGAGAAUCAAAUACGGUUUCGUUUGGAGAAAUUGGAGGCCAAAUGGGACGAGUUCGAGGAAGCACAAGCAGACAUCGAGGAAACGGACGACCACGAGGAAAACAUGGAAGCGCAUCGAGAAGUCAGGGAAAAUUUCGAGGAAAUGUAUUUCGAGGUAAGGGCAGGGUUAGUUGGCAAAUUACCACAUAAUACGCAAACGCAUUCGACACAAGGGCCUUCUCUAUCAGUAUCCCAGUCGGAGUCGACAAAUGUUCAUGCCUAUGUACGACUUCCUCAAAUCAAUCUUCCCGAGUUUGAUGGAAGUUUUGAUAAAUGGUUACCCUUUCACGAUACAUUCAAGGCCCUGAUCGAUUCUUCCCCUGAUCUAAGUGGUAUCCAAAAAUUCCACUAUUUGAGAGCGUCUCUAAGAGGUGAUGCGUUGAAACUGGUAGAUUCCUAUCCCAUGAGCGAGGCUAAUUACGAUGUUGCUUGGAAUGGUUUGGUCGCUCGGUUCUCCAACGGGUAUCUUCUGAAGAAACGCCAUCUGAACGCCAUGUUCGAGUUCCCGAAAAUUAGGAAGGAGUCGGCUAUAGGUAUCCAUGACGUCAUCGACUGUUUCGAGCGCAACACCAAAAUUCUGGACCAGUUAGGAGAGCGUACCAGCAGCUGGGGCGCAAUGCUGACUCAUCUGAUGGUGUCCAAGCUGGAUGACGUCACGCAAAAACGCUGGGAGGAGCAUGCAUCUGAUGAAGCUGAGCCGUCUUUCGCCGUCCUAUUGGAGUUCCUGAAAAAACAGACAAGGGUACUUGAUGCAGUCUUGGUGGAUCAAAAGGUUUCUACUGCACAAGGUCAACCUACGUUGGGCGGAAUCAAGUCUCGUCCUCCCAAAAUCUCGGUCAACUCGGCGACUGAGCGGAAGGUCCAAAAUUGCGUCUCUUGCGGUGAGCAACAUUCGAUCGUACAAUGUCCGUCUUUCAAUCAACUUCCGGUCGAUAAGCGUCUACAAUUGUCCAACUCGAAACGGCUGUGCAGCAACUGUCUAGGUUGGAAUCAUUUGGCUCGUGAUUGUCCUUCCAAAUAUCGAUGCAGAACCUGUGGCAAGAAGCACCAUUCGUUGCUCCAUCCUGGAUUUCCCGGUUCUGGUUCUACGUCCACGUUUGAUUCGGAAGCAUCGACGGUACAAGGGGUGCAUAUCGCAGGAACAACGACCUCGGACGACAUUUCGGGCUCUGGUGGUACUGUUACUAGCUCGUUGGCAUCUAUCGCAACCAACAUGGCGAUUGAGCAUCCUGGAAAACACAUCUUCUUGCUCACUGUGCUACUCAAAAUCAAGGACAACUGGGGCAGGACACAUUUGGCACGAGGCCUGCUGGAUUCCGGAUCACAGGCAAAUUUGAUGUCGGAAAGGCUUUGUCAGUUGCUCAAACUUCCACGGCGAGCGAAACGGGUGGAGAUUAGUGGCAUCGGUCAAACUCGGAGGAAUACAGCGCACGAAGUGUCUGCGUCCAUCUCGUCACGAAUUCUGGACUUUUCUUUGUCGAUGGAUUUUUUGGUACUGGGGGAGGUCACAGCUGAUCAACCGUCUUCUUCUCUUCCAUUGGCAAAAUGGGUACUGCCAACCGGCAUGCAACUCGCGGAUCCAGAAUUCCACGUUUCCGGACCUAUAGAUCUGGUACUUGGUUCGCAAUUUUACUACGAUUUUCAUCUGCUCGAUGGUGGCCGGAUUCAAGUUCGUAGGCUCGAUAGUACGCUUCCGAUUUUCGUCAAUACCGUUUUUGGUUGGGUAGCUGCUGGUGAAUCUGAACGAUCUAGCACAGGCGCAACGGUUUCUUGUCAUCUGGCGACUGCGGAACCACUGGAUAAGGCAAUCGAGAAAUUUUGGACCAUUGAGGAGAUGAUGGACAAACCACUACGUUCCCAGGAAGAAGAAGAUUGCGAGCAACAUUUCCAAGCCACAAUUACGCGAGACUGUACUGGCCGUUACGUUGCGCGUUAUCCGAAGAAGAUUGGAUUCCACGAGAAAAUAGGCGAUUCAAUCAGCACUGCCUUGCGUCGAUUUAGUCAAUUGGAGAGGCGUUUGAAUCGAGAUGCAAAUCUACACCGACAGUACAGUGAUUUCCUUCAAGAGUACCUGGAUUUGGACCACAUGCGCCUGGUUGGUACGGUGAAAGAUGUACAGGACGAUGAACGAACAGUUUGCUACCUCCCCCACCACCCCGUUUUCAAGGAGUCGAGUUCAACAACAAAAGUCCGGGUGGUUUUCGAUGGCUCUGCGAAGACGACAACUGGCUGUUCUCUCAACGAAGCUCUGCUCACUGGUCCGGUCAUUCAAGAUGAUUUGAUUGACCUCAUGAUUCGUUUUCGCAAGCACUCAAUAGCUCUGGUAGCGGACGUAGCCAAAAUGUAUCGGCAGGUGCGGAUUCAUCCAGACGAUACGCCUCUACAGCGCAUUCUGUGGCGGUUCAAUCAAGACGAGCCAAUUCAAAUUUUCGAGCUGCAGACUGUCACGUAUGGUUUGUCACCAUCAUCGUUUAUCGCCACACGUGCCCUCAAACAACUUGCGAAUGACGUUGGUAGCAAAUACGACCACGCAGCCACGGCAGUAACGGAGGACUUCUACAUGGACGAUUUUCUCUCGGGAGAGGAUUCGGUGGCAAAGGCGAAAAUACUGAGAGACGAAGUCCAAUCUCUUAUGGCCGAAGGAGGAUUUGAACUACGAAAGUGGAGCUCGAACUCGCCCGAGGCAUUAUGCGACCUACCCCCGGAUGCUCUGGAAGGACAACCAACGGUACACUUCGAUGGAGAACAGAAGGUGAAGACACUUGGAGUGGCGUGGGAGACAAGGUCAGAUUGUCUGUCCAUCGACAUACUUUCAAUAAACGUGGAGCAGCAGUGGACGAAGAGAAAAAUAUUCUCAGCGAUCGCUCAACUCUACGAUCCGCUCGGCUUGGUUUCUCCUGUUGUAGCAUGGGCAAAAAUAAAAAUGCAACAACUUUGGCUGGUACCGAUCGACUGGGAUGACCUUGUCCCGGACGAGAGCGUCGAAAAAUGGUUGGAGUUUUGCAUGCAGCUUCCCCUUUUGCAAGACUUCAAGGUUCCCCGGUGCAUCCUAAUCCAAAGUUCCACCACUAUUCAGUUCCAUACCUUCAGCGAUGCAUCAGAAGUUGGCUACGGAGCAUGCAUUUAUGCGCGGUCUAUCAACGAUGAAGGUGAAAUCAAGGUUCAGCUGGUUGCAGCAAAAUCUCGGGUUGCUCCAAUCAAGCGACUUAGUCUGCCACGUCUCGAGCUGUGUGCGGCUUUGUUGGGAGCAAAACUCUACGUGAAGGUCUCUACAGCGCUGAAGAUGGAAGGCACACCCUGCUGGUUCUGGUCAGAUUCUAUGGUAACGCUGCAUUGGAUACAAGCACCCCCUAAUACAUGGCAAACCUUCGUGGGAAACCGAACGUCUGAAAUCCAACUGCUAACACAUGGACAUAAGUGGGCUCACGUGAAAGGAACUGACAACCCGGCUGAUCACGUGUCCCGUGGCAUGCUACCAGGUGAUUUCGUCAACAACUCACUCUGGGUGCAUGGGCCACCUUGGUUGGAAGGAGCCGAAACAGACUGGCCAAAACAAUCGAACCUACUUCCCCUGGCUGAAGAUGUCCUCGAACGAAGAAAAACAGUCUUGCUAGUUCAGUCAACAAUGGAACAAAACCCACUUUUUGAACGGUAUUCCUCCUAUUGGCGCUUGGUGAGAAUUACCGCCUACCUCCGCCGAUUCAUCAACCGAUGUCGUUCGAAAAAUCCCCUACGUGAACCAUUCCUCACCACUGUGGAACUGCAAGAAGCUAAGGAAACAUUGGUCAAGGUAGUUCAACAAGAGACGUUCUCCGAAGAAGUGAAGCAACUGAAGCAGAAAGGCCCUUUACCGAAGAAAUUUCCUCUCAAGAAUGGUCGUCCAAUCAUCGACGAGAAAGGUAUCCUGCGCCUCGGUGGCCGGCUCAACUACUCCAACGAGAACUACCAAACACCCCAUAGUCCUUCCUAGCAAGCACACAUUUUCUCGCCUCAUCGCAGCUCAUUUUCACGCCCUCUGUUUACACGCUGGCCCCCGCAUGACGUUGGCAACCAUGCGCCGUGAAUUCUGGCCAAUAAGUGGUAAGAAACUUGUCAACAAUGUGUGUCGAAAAUGCGUUAAAUGUUUCCGCCAAAACCCUGUCCCUGUAAUCCAACCUCAAGGCCAACUCCCUCAAGCACGAACCGUACCUAGCCGACCCUUUUCGACCACCGGUGUAGACUUCUGCGGGCCGAUUUACUUGAAGCCUGUGCACCGCCGUGCAGCCCCGCAGAAAGUAUUCAUCUCCGUCUUCGUGUGUUUCGCCACGAAGGCAGUUCACCUUGAACUGGUUUGCGAUUUGUCGACGGAUGCCUUCAUCGCCGCCCUUCGUCGGUUCAUCGCUCGACGUGGUAUGCCAGCGGAGAUUCAGUCCGACAACGGGACUAAUUUCCAGGGCGCGAAGAACAAGCUCACUGAAUUGCACAACAUUUUCAACUCGAAGCGAAACCAGCAGUUCAUCGUUGACGAAUGCAGCAGCAAGGGAAUCAUCUGGCGAUUCAUCCCUCCACGAGCACCAAACUUCGGCGGCCUUUGGGAGGCGGCCGUGAAAACAGCGAAAUCUUCAUUGACCAAGACGAUUGGAUGUCAACAACUCUCCUACGAAGACAUGGUCACCGUGCUGUACCAGAUCGAAGCGAACAUGAACAGCCGCCCUUUGACACCCCUCUCCGACGACCCUGCAGAACUAGACGUCCUUACCCCUGGCCAUUUCAUCACCGGAGGCCCUCUGAUGAGUCUACCAGAUCCAGACUACACAAUGGUACCCACAAAUCGACUGCGCCACUAUCAACAGCUCCAACAAGUCAUCCAAAACCACUGGCAGCGAUGGAGAAAGGAGUAUCUAACCGAACUCAACCAACAGUGGCAGAAGUCCAAACAUCCUACGGAUAUCCACGUCGGACAAAUGGUACUUCUGAAGGAGGACGGUAAACCUUCGAUCGCUUGGCCACUCGCACGGAUUGUUGCAGUCCAACCAGGCAAUGACGGUGUAGUUCGUGUGGCAACCAUUAGGACGAAAUCGGGAACGUACACACGCGCUGUCAACAAACUUUUUCCCCUUCCUAUCGACCAUGAACUUCAGCAGCAGCUAUCAUAAUCCAACAACAGUGAUCACCGAAAUAGCUAAAAGUAGAACAGUUAGAGCAUAAUAUUCGGAAUAGUUACCUUGUGCAGGCAUAAAAAUCAUUAUAAUUAGCUUAAAUUUGUCUCGCAAAUUGUAGGUGGCCGGCAAUGUUUGUGUUAACACUCUGUCUGAUUUAUGCUUUAGUUGUCAUUCGUAUCUGUACAGCUAUUAUUAUAACAGUUGGCAAUAUCAUGGCUACCAAGGGCUACCAAACUACUCGACAGUGAGAUGACCGCAGAAUGAGUGAGAAAGAUAGGGAGGUACUGAACGGCAGCAUUAAUUGGCGCGUGGAGUAACUAAAUCAUAUAGGUGCUCCGGGUUUAAACUUCUAGAGAUCUCCUAGAAUCAUCAUUCUCUGUACGGCCACCAACUAGCUAAGAUCAACCGCCAUCUAGUCAAGUUUUAAAGUGUAGUAAUUAGUUCAAUAAAUGUAUAAUGUUAAUAAAUGUUCAAUGUAGAGUGUUAAUAAAUGUAGUACUACCGGAAGGACAGGAAAACCUAGACGAUCACAGGAAUCUCUGGUGGAACACUUGGUUAAGGUCACAACAGACACUUAAAAUUUAAAAUUGAAUUUUUCAAUUUCCUUCUUAACGCCUAAAGGUAGGCAAUUUCCUUUGAAAUAAGAGAUUUCUGUUACAAUAAAUGACUUUUUCGUCGAAAAAGAACUUUUUUAACUUAUUCAUAUUCGGAAUAGCUUCAUAACCUUCCAACAAAGGCUCCACAGAAAUGUUAAAACAAAAAAAAAAUACGGGAAGUCCUAGUGGCAAUCGAUUGUUGAGAAGCAGUGAUUUCGUCUAAGUGAGAAAUACAUUGCAAAUUCCUUGAAAAAUAAGGCAAAACUAACUUUUUCCUAAAAAUUUAAAAGAUAAAACUCAUCUCCAGACAUCUAUGAACUAGUUGAAGUAAGAAAUUUGAGAUCAUUGCGACGCUUAAAAGUUCCUGGUUUGCAAUUACAAGUAGUACCCAAAUGAUCAAUUUCACCCCGCUGAUCAAUUUAACCCCGGUUUACGGUACAAAUAAUGACGUGAAAUAAAGGUUUCGGUUGUUUCCGUUUUGUUUUUGAUCGUACAUUGGGUCUUUGACCAUUGGCGCAGGGGGGGCAUUUUGGGUACUUUGCGCUCUAACUCAGUCAAUUUUGUACUAAUUUACUUGAAAUUUUGUACAUGGCUAGAUACUGUACACCCAAACCUCCAUUUAGGCAAUGAGUCGAGACUGUCUAAAUAGAUUUUUUUUUACCUAAAUGGAUUUCAAGGUCGCAAAGAAGCUUGAGAAGGGCGUGGCUUGCAGAUGUAAAGGGAUGGGGGUGACGGAUUCCAGAUGUAAAAAGGGGGAGGAUCGAAGAGAUUUCAAGAUACUUUAAGUACAGACAAACAGACAUACUACUCAAAUCGAAAUCAUCACACGAUUUAACGGUCAUUUUGAAAAUAACGUGUGGCUCGGACUGUGCUCGCAUGUGUCAUGGUGGCGCUGCUGUGCCUACAUCACCUCUCAAUUUUAGAGAGAAAUGAACGCGACGCCGAUCAAUGUUUACAUAAAAUGAUUCAAUCAUGAACCUUCAUUCAUGUUUUACGAAUGGAUGACGCCACGAGGGAGUCUUCACCUGCAAAAUUGUUACAUCGAGCCGAAAGAAACAACACCUGCAAAUGAAUGCUUCGGACUGAGCAUUAUAGAGGGUGCUAGUGAGAUGCCAAACGAUGUUUUUGAAGCAAUUUUCUUCUAAGUAGUAUGUCUGUUUGUCUGCGCUUUAAGGGGGCGGGUCUCAGAGGCGCUUCCAGGCAUUUCAGGGCGCUUCAGGAGGCCUUCAUAGGGGCUUCCAGUUAACCUAGUUGUAAGGCUUUGGAUCGCCAAUCCGGAGACGGCGGGUUCGAUUCCCGUUCCGGUCGGGGAAAUUUUCUCGACUCCCUGGGCAUAGUGUAUUAUUGUCCUCGCCUCACAAUGUACAAAUUCAAGCAAUGACAGGCAAAGAAAGCCCUUCUAUUAAUAACUGUGGAAGUGCUCAAAGAACACUAAGUUGAAGAGAGGCCAGCCAGCUUCCAGUGGAAACGUAGAGCCAUAAAAAAGAAAAAGAAGAAUAGGCUCUCAGGUGAACUACACAGAGGUGUAGAGGCAAUUCAAAGCGUUUCAAGGCGUUUCAAUGCGUCUCAUGACGUAUCAGGAGUUUUUUGAUGGGUUUUGGGGAACUUCAGAGGCUCUCAGAUAAAUUUCACGGUGGUUUCAUCGGGGUUUUAGAUUUCGGGGGAGGGGAGGUUCAGAGGCGUUUCAGAGCGUUUCAGGACGUUUCAUGAGGUUUCAGAGGGGUCUUGAAGGGCUUCAGAGGCUUUCAAGUGAAUUUUACGGAGAUUU